ACUAAAAUGCAAUUUUCCCACAAAACCAUACAAUUACAAAUCUUUCACUUUAUUCUAUAUCAUAUAACUACGCAUAGAAUAUACCAAAGAAGAUACAUAAAUUUUACAUCAAAAAAACUCAUUAUUUGGCGAGAAAGGAGCAAACUCACCAACAUCAAAAGCCUAAGGAAAACUAUUCACACAUCACGCCUUCAUCUUUAUGAAGUGAAAGGGACUGGGGAAGCAUGGCACCUUUUUCCUCUUCAGUCUUUAUUAUGUCCCCUACUCAUCAGAGUGCCUUUAAUGUCUCUUGCAGUCCAUCCUUCAUUUCGACUAAUGAAUUUAUCAUAUCCCUUUUGAACCCCAAAACUUCACAUCCAAAUUGCAGAAGAGCCGCUAAAAGAGUAAAAAGAUUCCAAGUUCUCCCACUCACUUCAUCUAAAUAUUGUAUCCAGGAAGAAAGAAAUGCUAUCAAUCAUGAACAAUUGUGGGCUUCCAGUCUGCCUUUCUGGGAUCUAUCAUCCUCCUGCUCGUUCCAAAGAGAUAGCAGAUCAUGAAAGAAGAAGAGAGGAGAUUAAGAAGAUGUGGUUUCAAGAGAAUAUGGAGAGAUAUGAGGAUAUGAGCAGAGCUCAUGAGAGAGAGGCAUUAGGCGACGGAGCUGAUACUGAUGAAAAUGAUGCUGAGGACGGUACUGUUAUAAUACAUGAGUUUUCAUGCAUUUCUCUGGCUUGCACUGCCAAGGCUGCAUGAGUGCUAUAACUUAGGAUUUGAUUAGUAUUAUUAGUUUCCAGGCUUACUUUAUUUGAUAUGGAUUCUCCCAAUUCUAUCUUCUUUCUCUUGUUUUUUUCCGUUUGUAUAAUUUUUUCUGUAUCUGUGGUUGAUAUUGGGGAAUUCUAUGUAACAGUUGGUGCAGUGACUCUAGUUUGUUCAA